GUUCAUGAGUUGCUCUUUGCACACACCAAAGCUUCGUUGAACUGAAUAGCUCGGGCAAGUGUGCCUUCUGAAGAUCCCGCGCCGAGGAACCAAGCACUCGCCAGCUACUUCUUGUGUCUAUCGACAUGAUUAUACGUAUGGAUACGCCUUUACUGCAAGUUGUGUAGUCUUUGGGCGCGGGCCACGCAGUCGCGUGGAGGGUCAACGCGCUGCUGCGAGCUGGGCCUAGGAGCCCGGGAGCAGCGGACUCGCAAAGAUGCUUGACAACUAUCAUGUGAUUGAGCUUAUUGGCGAGGGCAGCUUCGGCAAGGUGUACAAGGGGCGCCGAAAAUGCACGGGCCAGAUUACCGCCAUGAAGUUCAUUCUAAAGCAGGGCAAGUCCGAGAAGGACAUCAAGAACCUGCGCCAGGAGAUUGAAAUCCUGCGGCAGCUGCGCCAUGAGAACAUCAUUCAGAUGUUGGACGCCUUCGAGACGAAGACGGAGUUCUGCGUCGUCACGGAGUUUGCCCAGGGCGAGCUGUUUGAGAUCCUGGAGGACGACCAGUCGCUGCCGGAGGACGUGGUGCGCGGUAUCGCCAAGCAGCUGGUCCGCGCGCUGCACUACCUGCACUCCAACCGCAUCAUCCACCGCGACAUGAAGCCGCAGAACAUCCUCAUCGGCUCCAACGGCGUCGUCAAGCUGUGCGACUUUGGGUUUGCCCGCGCCAUGAGCUGCAACACCAUGGUGCUCACGUCCAUCAAGGGCACGCCGCUGUACAUGGCGCCGGAGCUGGUGCAGGAGCAGCCCUACAACCACACGGUGGACCUGUGGUCCCUGGGCGUUAUCCUGUUUGAGCUGUAUGUGGGCCAGCCGCCCUUCUACACCAACUCCAUCUACAGCCUGAUCCACCACAUCGUGAAGGACCCCGUCAAGUUCCCCACCAACAUCUCCCCCGAGUUCAAGUCCUUCCUCAAGGGCCUGCUGAACAAGAAGCCCCAGGACCGGCUGGGCUGGCCGCAGCUGCUGGAGCACCCCUUCGUGCGCGAGACGGAGGGCGAGCGGCUGGCGCGCGAGAAGAUGCUGGCGGACGCCAUGGAGGUGGCGGAGGGCAGCCGCGCCUGGAAGGGAGAGGGCGACCCCGGGGCGGGCGCAGUGCUGGCGCUGACCACCGGCGGCGUGGGGGCGGACCCGCGCGAGCGCCCCGCCGCCGUGCCCGCCACGCCCCCCGCGCGCCAGACCGAGACGCCGCAGAUGAACCGCGGCCGCGACCCGCUCGCGCCCAACCGCCGCCUGCCGGCGCUGGGGGCGCAGCCCGGCGGCGCCGCGCCGGCGGGCGCCGCCGCGGGCUCGCGCGGCGCGCCCGCCACGCCGCCCGCCAACGGCGUGUCAGCGGGCCGCACCGCGGGCGCCGCAGCGGCGUCGGCGACGCGCGGCCCGACCACCCCGGCGCCGCCGGCUCAGCAGCGCGCCGCGGCGCCCACUGCCGGCUCCACAGGCACAGUGCCGCGCACGCCGCCGCCGGGGGCCUCGGCGUCGCCGGCCGCAGCUGCGACGUCAGCGUCCACGUCAGCGCAGGCCGACCAGCUGGCCUCCUCGCUGGACCGCUUGGUGCUGGCGGCGGGCGGCGGCGCAGACCCGGGCCGCCUCACGCCCGAGGCGGCGGCGGGCCUGUGGGCGGACCCCUCCACACUACCCUCGCUUUUGGCGGCGCUCCGGGACGCAACCGCCACCUGCGCCGCCGCUGCGGCCGUUGGCGGUGGCGGCUCGCAAGCCCCCGCGCCACCGCUGGCUCCGCUGCAGCGCGGGCUGCGGCUGGCGGCGCAGCUGCUGCAGUACGGGGAGGGCAAGCCGCAGUGCGUGCCGCUGCAGAGGGCGGUGGCGGACCUGGCCUCGGCCGCGGCCGCGGCGGGCGGCGCCGCGCACUGGCCGGUUGCGGCUGCCGCUGUGGAGUGCUUCCGCUCGGCCGAGGCGGGCCUGGCUGCGGACAAGGCGGCGGCCAGCGGCUACACCGCCAUAGCGCUGGAGGAGAGCUGGAGGGCCUACUGCGAGGUGGUGCAGCAAGCGGCCUCUGCACGGGGCGGCUCGGGUGGCGGCGGCCGCGGCGGCUCGGCGGGGGCGGCCGGGCGGCGCGACGGCAACUGGCCGGCGGUGGCGGCGGCCUGCCACGCCCUGGCCGAUACCCUUAACCGCGGCCUGCAGGCCAUCUCCGCCAACCUGCGCGGCCCGGCUCUGCGGCAGGCGGAGGAGCUGCUGCGCGGCGCGGCGGACACCCCGCUGGCCGCCACACUGGUGGGCGCGGUGGAGGACGCCCGCGGAGACAGCCGCGGGCAGGGCGCGGAGGCGGCGGCGCAGGCGGCGCUCCGGGCCCUGGCGGCGUGCGUGUACUGCCCCUCCACGUCUGCAACCGCCUCCGCCGUGUCCAACCACUUUCCGUUGGCGGCGGCGCUGGCGGCGUCCAACCGAAUGAUGGGCGGCGGCCCGGCCGGCGGCGGCGGCGACCGCGGCAUGGACACGGACGCCGCUUUGCCGUACGCCGUACGGCGGGCGGUGGGCGAGGCGCUGGGCGGCAGCCCCGGUGCCGUGGCGGCGGUGCUGGAGUGGGCGCAGCAGCCAUCCAUGGGCGGUGGCAGCGGCGCGGCGGGCGCCGCACCCAACAAGGUGGAUUUGUACGCGCUGCAGCUGCUGCUGCAGUGCGGCCGCACCUGCCCCGCCCUGUGCCAGGCGGCCGUGCUGGCGGGUGCGCCCGAGGCCCUGCUCGCAUUGGGGCUGCGCGACAGCGGCAGCGGUGGCGGCGGCGGGGGCGGCGGCGGCAGCAACGGGGCGCUGGCGCUGCUGGCGCUCACGGCGAUUCUGGAGGGGCUACACUCACGGCGCGGGGCGGCGGGCGGCGGCACGGGCUCGGCGGCGGCGGCGCAGAACGCGCUGACGCCGGGCGGCGCCACCGACGAUGCCUUGCGGCGGCUUGCGGGCCUGCUCACGCUCUCCAGCGGCGACCACCUGGCCCUGGGGUACGUGGCCGCCGGCACCGCCGCCGCAUACCUGCGCUUCUACGCACAGCCCGCCGGCCCCGGGCCCGCCGCCGCCGCCGCAGCCGUCAUGGCGGCCGCCGCGCCCGCCUCCGCGCGGCCGCUGCCGCCGCCGCCGGAGCUGCUGAGCCCGGGCCGGCUGGCGGGCCUGGUGCGGCUGCUGCGCUACGUGCCGGCCACCUCGGGGCCGCCGGCGCUGGAGGCGCUGGAGGGCGCGCCCGCGCGCACCGGCCUGUUUGACGGCGUGGUGGCUCUGGCGGCGCUGCUGCUGGGCUACGGCGCCUCCAGUGACGCCGGCUCGGCGGCGCUGGGCGCGGGGCUGGGCGGCGCAGUCAUGGCGCUCACGGCGGCGGGCGGGCGCGGCGGCGGACCGGGCGGCGGCGGCGGCGCCCCUGGCGGCCUGAUGGAGCUGUCGCCGCGGGGGUUGGUGGCGCUGCUGGAGGCGGCGGGGCUCACGGCGGCGCCGGAUGCGGAUUCUCCGCAGGUGCUGUGCUCUCCGCAGGUGCUGUCCUUCCUCACACUGCUACUGGGCGAGCGGCACCAGGGCGCACUGGCGGCGUGGCCCGCCUCAGCCGCCGGCGGCAGGGCGGGCAUGCUCACGGCGACACUGCAGGCCGUGGAGUUGAUGGGUCGGCCGCUGACGCCGCUGCCCGGCGGCGAGGGCGUGGAGCCCAGUGCCUACCAGGACAUGUUGGCGGCCGACAACGUCAUGCUGCACCUGGUCCGCUCCCUCUCUGGCCCCGUGUUGCUGCUGUCGCACCCCGACGCCGCUGUGCGCUCGCGCUGCUGUAACCUGGUGGGCAACAUGUGCCGCCACUCCGCAUACUUUUACGGAGCACUGGAGAGGCACAGCCUGCUGCCGCCCCUGAUCGAGCGCUGCGCCGACGGCGACAAGACCACCCGCAAGUUCGCGUGCUUCGCCAUCGGCAACGCGGGCUUCCACAACGCCGCGCUGUACGGCGCGCUGGAGCCGGCCAUCAGCCCGCUGGUGGCGCUGCUGCGGGACGAGGAGGACAAGACGCGCGCCAACGCCGCGGGCGCUCUGGGCAACCUGGUCCGCAACAGCUCCGCCCUGUGCGGCGAGCUCAUACGCGCCGGCGCGCUGCGGGCGCUGCUGGACACCGCGCUGCAGCCGGAGCGCCCGCCGCCGCAGGCGGGGCCGGGCGGCCGCGGCGGCGGCGGCGCGGACGCGGGCGGGUCGCCGGUGAAGAUCGCGCUGUUCAGCCUGGGCAACAUGUGCGCGCACCGGGAGUGCAGGGAGAGCCUGCUGGCGCUGGGCGUGCAGGACGUGAUCCGGCGCCUGUCCAGCAGCCCCGACCCCACGCAGCAGAAGUACCUGCAGCGCAUCCAGCAGAAGCUGCAGGCAGGCAGCGGCAGCGGGGCACAGCCGCCGUCGUCGGCGCCGGGCGGGCCGCGGUAGCAGCGGCAGCAGCAGCUGUGCACGAUUGCUGGCGGCGGCGUCUCGGCGGCGUGAGGCCGGCGCGUGGUGGCCGUGGUGGAGGUGGUGUGUGUGUGUGUGUGUGUGUGUGUGUGUGUGUGUGUGUGUGUGUGUGUGUGUGUGUGUGUGUGUGUGUGUGUGUGUGUGUGUGUGUGUGUGUGUGUGUGUGUGUAGCGGUGUGGCAGGGCACGGGCCAGGGGCGGCGGCAGCAGCCGGCUGAGGGCGUGUCGCUUGCGACAGUGGUUAGGAGCUGGUGCAGCUGCGCUGUUUGUGUUUUAGGGGCUCUAUGCUGUCCCUUGCUGCGGAUACUGACAGAUGUCAAAAUGCGAACAUCUUAGCGAUACGGUAUGCGCGCGUGUGAGGAUUGUGUGCGGUGGCCAAGGGGGGAGGUAAACAGAAUGCCAGGCCCCAUGCCCCCAAACCCGUGGGACCCCGCUCCUCCGGAUCUGUCCGAACCGACGACCGACAACUGACUGACGAAUGUCGUCUUGAGGCGGGCAACCCGCAACGUACUACCAGUGUACAUUCCGGCGAGGCGGCUUGGCGAGCCCAGCCACGGCACAACAGCCAGCAUUUGAUGCGUUUGGCCUUCAGGGCUGCGUUGGGGGCUCCCGGUCUGAGCAGCAGUGGUGUUCCGUGCACUUUGCACGUGCAGCGUGCGGCGCGGCAAUCCUGGCUACUACCAACACUUCAACUGACACACGGGCAUCAUAAACAGGCUUUCGCGCAACUGCCAACGAACAGAGGGUCAGAGGCGGCACAUCGCGUUACAGUUGGCGCGCAGCGCGGGUCCGCGGGAGCGCAGAGUGGGAGUGGGCAGUUGAGCGCGCACGCGUAUGGGAAGCUGCGACAGAGUACGGCGGAGCUCAGCGGAGGCUGGCGGUUGGCGUGGCGCGCGAGUGGGAGUGCAUAGUUGAUUAGUUGUGAGCGCACCGUUGGGGAAGCUGCGUGUAAACUCAGAGAGAU